UGCGAGCAGGGGACGGUACAGGCUGUGGAGUAGUCUGUAUGGACUUAAGCGAAGCCCUGGAUUGCUUCCCACAGCGUUCUCCUGCAGAAGCUUGGACGAGUGCGCUCUUCACUGGAUGAACCUUCGCCAGGAAUGCACGCUCAGUAUAUACGUAAUAUUUUGUCAUACACAAUGCAAGAAUAUCCUUCACGAGGUUGAUCACAUUUGAGAACAAGUGGUGAGAUGCCCAGGGAAGUGCCUGAAGAGACACUAAGAAGGCACCCUCCUCUCCCCCCGGUGCUCUUUGUUUAAGGAAGACUUUGAAGAAAAUCACCAUAUCAAUGCGACAGGAAGAGCACUGAGACAUCUUGGAAACAACAGGAUGGCUGCUGGCUGACACCAGGUGACACAGCAAUUAACAGAUGUAGACCGUGAUACAUCCUGUUUUGUUCUCCAUAUCCUGGCGCAAAUACCACGGCCGUUCUGGUUCCACAGAUUUCUGCAAGUUUUACAGAACACCUGAUGCUGACUUACGGAACAGACUCCAUAACCACGAGGUAGUUGUAGAGCAGGUGUGUUUAUUUGGCUGACCAAGGGAGGAUAACUGCUUCCUAGCCUGCAUACCGAAGGCAGGAGAGGCACUCCAGCCCUCAGAUCAUCUCUGAUCCUGUUCCAAGAGCUCUUCUUUCCAGUGCAUGAUGCCCCAGGCCCGGACACAGUGCUCCAGAUGGGAGUUUACAACUUUUUGAAGAAAUGAGGUAGCACAAGGAAAGAGGGACCAAACUUGCAGAAAGAGAAAAUAAUAACCACACAGCAUAGCUCAGCAAAGGAGAAGAUGUUCUCAACGUGCAAAUUGUCUGUUAGGGCCGGAAACAAACCGUCAGCCCUCCGCUCUAUUUCUUUAAUCAGUGAUAUUCCUUGUUUUCUGUUGUAUGUAUGCAUUACUGGCAAGCCUCUUGAGUUUAAUCUUUUAAAGAAAGUGUAUAAAAAGGAAGAAUGAUUAUGCUACAGUGCAUGUUUUUAAUUAAUGCUGAAAGGGACAGUUUUUGCUUUUAGUUGAAUCUAAAAAAUAGGUUCCAGAUUCUCAAAAUGAAAGUGGAUAUUUUGCAAGCCUGCCUACAACAAUUUACCAGAAAAUCCCAAUGAUGAAACAGCAGGAAAAUGAUUUAGCCACACUUUCCACAACAUUGAAAGGAUAAGAGGAGGAAGUAGUGGUAAUGUGGUGUGCUGGACAUAAUGAAAUUACACUGGGGUGCAAGAAAGCAAAAUAAAUCGUCUGUCCAUGGAGGUUUUCAAGAAAAGAGUAGACAUGCUGAGGAACAUGGUCAAGAGCUGUCCCAGCCAUGGGUUGAUGGGUGGACUCAAUGAUCUUAGUGGUCUUUCUAACCUUAAGGAUUCUCUGACUCCAUGAUUCUUGUGAAUAUAGCACUAUGAAUUUAUUUUAUUUAAAGAUAAGUCAAUCUUUUGGAGCCAUGAAAUAUGGUUUAGUAGCUUGUGGUACUGGGAAUGGGAGGGUGGUUGGACUAGAUGAUCUUGCAGGUUGUUUCCAACCUUGUGAUUCUAUGAUUCUAUGAUUCUAUGAUUCUUUUCAUUCCCAGAAGCUACAAAGGGAGCUUCCUGGAUGCUCCUCUGUCUACCAAGAGCCCUGAGGACAGCUUUCAUAGUCAGCCACCUGCAGUGUUGUCUGAGCACCAUGCUCGUGUCAAUUCAGACUGUAGUUAUCCCCUGAUGACUGAAGUUACUGCUGCACAAGAGCAAAGCCUGUAUCUCUGAGUCUUAGCAGAUUGCAGUGCAUUAACUCCUAGUUUAGGAAGACUCAUAUGAAGCCUGCUAGAAACCAUUUAGAGAAGCCAAUCUUCUUCAGAUGCUUCCCCCACAGCUUUUCACUUGGUGAAAAAGUUCCUCUAAAUAAAUUAAGACUGUUUCCACUAGAAGGACAUCACAGACAUGAAACUUGCAGUGUCUGUGAAGCAUUCUCUGUGCAAGGAGAAAAAAAAUAACAGAAAAAUUUUCCACCAGUGUGUCAUAAUUUGUUUUUCUGGGAGGUUCACCAAAAAAAAAAAAGAAGGAGAAGAAACUUUGAGCAUUAGCAUUAGAGACAACAGGCUGACAGGCCCAUUUUAUCUCUUCAGUAUGUUUCAUGACAGUAGGUAUUAUAUGUAAUUUAAAAUGUAUAUAUUUUCAAUCUGACCAAGUUAAAGUUUAGCUGAAAAUUUCUUUGCUGGCUCUCUGCAUCUGACUCUGCAGCCUGAAGAGAACAGGCACUCAAAGGAAUGUAUUUCUGUUCUAGAUAACCCUAUAUCCUUACAAAGUUGUACUACGUAGACAUGAAGAUGCUAUAUAAACAAACUAUAUAAAUAUGUAUGUUCACAACAAUGUAUAGUAUUUAUUAUAUCAUAUGGUAUUUGAGCGUGGUCUUUUUGGUAGGAAGAAAGCCAGCUACUACUGAUGCAAGUGCAUGUAUACCAGCCUGAGCAAACUGUGGAAAUCCCCAGUUAGAAGGCAAAGAUAUUCUUAUAUAUGUUCUUAUAAGAACUUGGUUGCUCAACUGUGAAUAUACCCUUUUUUUUUCCCCCUCAUUAUUUUUAUUACAUUGCUGUGUGUGUCACUUCUUAAUCAGGAAGUGACAACAGGCAGAUCUCUGGAAACAAGCAGACUAAGCAAAAAAGCAAACAAUUCAGGCAGUAAUAUUUUUCUCAGUACUCGAUUUGAAUAUUAUAGGUAUGAUAAACUUUUUUGGAGAAGAUAAUCUCAAAUGGGCUCUCCUUUAUGCUUCUUGAGAUAGAUUUCAUUUUCAAUGACUUUCUUAUCUGAAUGUGUAGGUAGCUAACCAGACUCACCCCAAGUCCCUCAUUUAUAUAAUAAGAUCCACCAGACUGUAGUAAAUGCUCAACACUUAACAUACACAGCAGCUUAAUAAUGGCAGUCGCAGCAUAAAAAGUGAGAAAAAAAACAAGCAAACAAACAACAGCAGACAACCCACCAACAGGAUCCUGCAGUUCAUUCUUCUUAGUGAAGAUUUCUCAUAUUUUUUUCAAGAGGUUAGUGCUUGUAAUGAUGUGGUUGAAACUCUUUAGUAGUUCAUUUCUGUUCUUACAACUAUGUUUUCUGUUAUUUUGCAGAAAGGUCUUCCCUAACAAGAGUAAGUUGUGCUUACACAAUCUGCCAGUUUUGACUUGGUUUAAGCAACUUGUAAAACAGCACCUUUUCCACAUAUCUUAACUUCAAAGAAUGUCACUGCAUAGUGCUACCAGAUUUGCCAGUCAAGCAGUUCUUCAGGAGACCUGUUUAGGGGAGAUGUUUUUAAAUGUAUAUUUUAAUCAUUCAUUUUCAGAUGCCACUUCCACCUGGAUGACCAGAUAUUUUUGUUGAGAGUCUCCUACAGGUGCUCUCUCUUCACACUGCUUACAUGACUUAUGGAUUCUAGCCCAAUUAAAAAUGUUGUAUGUUGAUUGAGGCUUCUUUGAACUACACAGGGCAGUGACACUUGAGUUAAGACUGUUGAGAAAUAAAGGUAAAUUCUUUUUUUUUUUAUACUUUGUGUUAUUUGGCUGAUUUCCACGAAAGAAAAGGAAGCACUCAUCUCCUGGAGUGUUGGACUUGAUUCCAGUUUGGUGUGCUAAUGACCAAAUUCAAAGAAUAUGAACUCAAUAAGGUUGGUUUCAGCAGAGCAGUUUCACCAUAAGGAGAGAACUGGAAGUCCAUUGACGUUUACUGGAGCAAUUUGCAGUUCUUUUUUCAUGUCACUAAGUGCAAGAGGACUACAGGUAGACUUGAUCAUAUAAACAUUUAAAAGGAAGUCAACAGCAAUUUGCAUCUUUCAGAUGCUUUUAAAGUAUCUGUUGCUGAAGAUUUGCAGGGGAAAAAGUAAAGUUCCACAGUGAAAAACUGUAAAUGAAAGCCGGUGCAUCUCCAGAAAAAGUAACUUAGUCAUAAUGCCUUCACUGAGUAAAAGGAGAAUGAUGUAGGAAAGAAAAGCCUGACCUACUGACAAAUAUUUGUUACUGCUGUGCUUCACACAAAGACCCAUUUAAUGCUUGAAGAAUGGGAUGAGGGGAUGAGGAGGUGAUGGGAUACAUUAAUUUGAAGACAGGAUGAUAUAAAAAGAAACAGGUGGAAGAAGUGUAGGAUUAUGACUGAAAUAGGGGAAUGGAGAGGAGUAAGUGAAGGAUGACUGCAAAAGAAAAAGGUGAAAGAACAGGGAUAAAAUAUGGUCUUCCAGCUAGAUCUGGUGUUCAUACUCAAAGAUUGUGUGCUGAUCUCCAUAGAAGGAGAACUGGGAAGAAUAAAUUAGGAAGAAGGGCCACAAAAUGACUAAGAUGAUACAGCGGUCAGUAAAAAUGCAGAGGCCUCAUCCUGUUGCCUCAUCCCUCAUGUGCUAUAGGUUUCUGUAGGAAUAGUUUAUGGGCUCCACCCAUUUUUUUAGGGCUGCUGACUGAAAAUCCUCACUUGAACACCAACCCCCCCUCCCCCCCUCCCCAUUUACUAAAGACAGAUGGCAUCUAGAGCAGUAUUCUAAUCUUCCAGUGAACAAGAAAAUGCAGAAUUCUUUCUUAAUUUGGGACCAUAGUAAGUCUCACUGAUUUGAAACUUAAUUUGGCCUUACAUUGGUAUAAAAAUGUUGAUACUGAAGAUCUUGGAUUUUUUAAAAUUCCUUGCUUGAUUUCUUUGCUUACAUUUUCAUGGUUCAGCAUUGUGAUGUAGAAAAACACAACGCUCAGGGUCAAGCAAAUUGAAGAUCCUGCAUUUUGCUUUGUAUUCACAAAGGCUGUGAAAGUCUGCUCACAUUGUCCUAUAUCCCUGUGUUACAUGUUGACAGGAAGGUCACCCAUCCAGGCCUCUGUCAUUUCGCCAUGAGCCUUAGUGGAACUCUUUAGACAGCUAACAAAUCAGUCCAAGCAAACACAUCGGCAGUCACCAAGGAGUUACAGUGCUAUGUCCUACCAGGAAAUUUUAGAUGUUUGCUGGCAGCCAAUGAAAGGCGAGAUAACAAUGCUGCUGACUCAUGAACAGGAAAGCUCCAACUGCAGGCUCACAUCUGCAGCAGUAUCACUACAGCACUGGUCGUCUUUAUGCUGGUAUUUCUAAAGGGAAUGGAAGUUGCUGCUUCAGGAUACAGCAAAUAUCAGAUGCUGUAAGUAUGAACAUCUCCUGCCUUCUCUUGGGAUUUACCUCUACCAGGGACUUUGGGGAUGGUGAUUGAGGAUCAGUGGAUCUCUUCACUCACUCAUCCAUGAGCAUCAACUGUACCCAGAUCUUCCGUUUAUGUCACUCAUAAGGAUCCUGUCAGUUGUAGCUGAAGGGCUGCAUUACCUACACAGCCUCCAGCCUGCUGUCUGCCACUGCAGCCUGAAACCUUCCAACAUCUUUUUGGAUGCACAGUGCAGAGCCAAGGAGACAGCAAUUAAUGCAUGCAGAAGUUCAGAAGUAUACACUUUGCAGACAGGCCUACAGAACUCAGAGGUCAUCUGUCAACAAAAACUCACCCAAGUAAUGAGCAAGAAAGUCCCUCCUGUAGUACCAAGUUCGUCACCUGUUCUACUUGGUAGCAGUACAAAUAUUGCAGGAAGCAAAAAUAUUCUUGAGGCUGAUCUGACAGGUCCUAUCACACAGCACUCAACAAAGAAAGAUUACCCACACUCUGACAAAAGAAAGCCUUUUUGUACUCUGCCCUUAUCUGGUCCAACUGCAGGCAGAGAAAACUGUCAGCAUAAGGAUCCACCACGGGCAGUCCACAGUCCACAAACUGUGCAACCUGAACAACCAGUGACUGAGGUCAUGAGCAUUUGGGACAGUACAUCUGAGUACAUGCUUCAGCAGUUUGCCCUCAAAAAGGGUGUGGCCGUAGACGUCCUUGGCACUUUCUACAUCCUGAGAAAGCGCAUCUGCGAGGGGACCAGGCCCAUGAUUGUCCCCAGGUUCCACCUGUCACAACGAGUGGCACAGGCCCAGGGGCUCAUCUACACCAACAGCGACAUUCCUGACGAUCUCAAAGUCGUCCCCCUGGACUAUUCCCAGCUGUCCCUGAAGACAUCCUUGCCAGAGAAGCUGGUGAAGGAGUGCGUGAAUGACAUCGUGGUCCUCUUCAGCUGGGGCGCAGGGCUGGGAGAGGACUACGACCUUGUUUUCAAGGGCAUUGGGGUUCUCAUGAGCCGGAAUCGGAUCCUCACAAUGAGGUACCGUGAGGAGUUUCUCCUUGCCAUUGAUCAGACAGGAGCUGCGCUGAAGUGUCUGCUCGCUAACCCGCAGACAGAGGUCUGUGUGCUAUCAGGCAGGGAACCGGCUGCUUUCCAUGUGUGUCCCGGGGGCAUCCGUGUGCUUCCAGGGUUUAAAAUUAAGCUGCCUUCUGAAAUAAAAGCCGGAGAGCUCUCCCCUGACAAGGAAGCCGAUGAGAAGGAAGGUGCACAGAGCUACCAGGAUAAGUACCUGCACCAGCAAAAGACACAGCCACCACACCAUCAGAAAGGGGACAGGGCUAUAGAAGGGAAUCAAAAGCACAGAAGGACGCCUAUGGACAAUGGUAUCUUCAGCCAGCUGUUAGCAGGCCUGAAGUCCAGGUCUGACGCUGAAGAAGGGGGAGUCAGGGAAGACGUGUAUAAGGAGCAGGAGAAAGAAGGUAAAGCAAUGGAUGAGUCCCUACACGGGCCAGCAGGUUUCUGCACUACCAGAGGACGGAGGCCAAGGCUGCCCGACGAACACCUGUGCCUCCCAGGGAGCCGCAAGCACCCCACAGCCCAGCGGAGGCUGCCCCCUUUGACUCUGCCGGCGCUGCCCACCAAAGCCCUCCGAGGAGAGCCAGCACCCAGCGCCCCGCGUCCAAAGAGGACAGAGUUUUCCCACGCACCAUCUGGCACCCAGGGGUCAGCCAAGCUGCUCCGAAAACUCCGUGGGGAAGAAGGUCAAGCUGAGGAGGGUGAGGGAGACGGCAGGGCAGCAGGGAGCCGCAAGCACGCCCAGCGGAGGCUGCCCCCGGUGACAGUGCUGGAGCUGCCCGCCGAUGUCACCCAAGCACAGCCAGCACUGGGAGCCCCACGCCCAAAGAGUGCGCUACCAGCAAUUGAGGGGAGCUCUUCAAAGGCGGGCAAGAGGAGAAAGAUGCGCCAGUGCAGGGAGAAAACUGAAAUUCCUGCUUGCAAAGACCAUCAGCGAGUAGGACAGGAGGUCUGCUACCUGUGUUUGCAGCAAGAGCAUCAUCGCCUGUGGGCAGCCAUGCUGGAGGAGAAGGAAAAGAAAGAAAGGGCUGAGCGGGCAGAGCUGCAGGACUGGAAGACCAGGAUGGCAGCCUUGAGCCAGCGGAGAGCACGUGCUGCAUGGGAGUGGGAGGUUGCCAAAACAGAGAAAAAGGAGAGCUUAAGAUACAGCAGAAAUUACCUGGAAUCCCUCUGCCCCACUCCUCCAGGCUACAUCCGGAGGAUGGAGUAUGACCGUGAGCUCCAGGAGAGGAGGGAGGUGUGGGAAAAGGAGCGUCGGAGAGUACCAGCGAAGAUCCCACUACGGCAAUAAGCAUGGGCAGCUCCUGCCGCGUCCUGGCUCAGGGGCAGAGAGCUGGUGUUGAGCCAGGGCCCCCCACAGAUGGGGCUGUGGGCGUGCAGGCUGGAGCAGGAGGGGUCCGAAAGCAACUCUGUGCCACUCUUGCUGCCACAAGUGCCGAUGGCCCUCCCACCGCCAUGCCAGGGAAGGGUAGAACCCGGUGGGCAGAGCAGAAGACCAGAGAACAGCAAAGCCCCCCCAGAGCUUGCAGCAGGAGCACACCUACUUCCCGUGGAGCACAAGAGCAGGCCAGUGCUUCACCUUCACACUGUGGCUGCAGGCCAAAGGAGCGUCACCUGCCUGGGAGCAUGGGAACAGACGAAAGACCAGUCAGAGCAGAAGCUGCAGAGCAAAAUAAGUAGCAUGAGAAGACAUGCUGAGAACCGAGGACAUCUCCAGAAUGCACGGGAGAAAGAAACUAUACAACUGUCAGGGAAUUGUAACCAUUUCUGCCCACCAUGACUGUGAGCUGCUUGCUCUGCAUACAAAGCUUCGGAGCAUAGAGAACAGCGGAAAAUUACUGGGUUAAGCUAGCGUGGGUCAACAGCCGUUCCCCCUCCUGUUUGUAUGCUCCCUUCAAGCACUGGCAGGCCACAGUGAGGUCUCCCCAGAAACCGGUUUGAACAUCAUGUUGUUUGUAACGUUAGCUAUUCCAUCUGGGAAGUGGCUGUUUGUAACAUCAGCUAUUCCAUCUGGGAUGUCAGUGUCAAAAUUCAAGUCAUGUUGCCCAGUAUGUAUCGUGAGGAAUAAAGGAAUGCCACUUUCUAACACCA